AUGAAGCCCAAACACUUCAAUUCGCACCACCACUGGUAUGUUUCAAUGCUUGAUCACAUGAUCGUGCAGUCCGGUCCCAGUGCAAAGGAGAUGUUAUAUACAUAUGAUACUCUCUUGCACCGAUUUGCUGCGCGGCUGAGUAAGGCAGAGGCCCAGGCCAUGGCGGUUAUGGACGGCUGCUUGGCUGUCAUCCCCUCCUCCCUCAAUAAAAUUUCCAGCACCUACACACCAGAGUUUCUUGGUCUCUCCUCCUCUGGAUUGUGGUCGCGCUACUCUACAUAUGGCAAAGAUAUCAUAGUUGGCAUGAUCGAUACGGGAAUAUGGCCUGAAAGCAAAAGCUUCAAAGAUGAAGGCCUUGGACCCGCUCCGACUGGAUGGAAAGGCACGUGCGAAAGCGGGCGGGGCUGCGAUUCCUCGAACUGCAAUGGAAAAAUCAUUGGAGCUCGAUACUUCUCCAAAGGCUACGAAGCACAAAACCCGACUCUAAUUAAGGAGACCUUGGAAUACAAAUCUCCGAGAGACAACGAUGAGCAUGGCACUCAUACAGCUCCGACCGUGGCUGACGCCGCACUUUCCGGGAUCAGUUACUUUGGCUUUGCCAAUGGGACGGCUAGAGGGAUGGGCCCUCAAGCCAGGCUGGCCAUCUGCAAAGCCUGCUGGGAAGACGGUUGCUAUGACACGGUCACCGUUGCUGCCAUGGAACAAGCCAUUGCUGACGGCGUUGACAUCAUUUCUAUUUCAAUUGGUUCACGAGAUAUGGCAUUUUGCUAUGAUAACAGAGCUAUUGCAGCAUUUGGGGCCAUCGAAAAGGGCGUCUUUGAGCUAUGA